CGUUUUUCUACUGUAUAUAUGGCCGCCAUUACACACAGUGAAAAACGUGUCCCUGUGAAAAACUCGUGUCGUUGCACAAUAAAAUAAAGAAUUUUUACGCAAAAUUCAUAGAAAAUUUAAAGAAAUUUGUGAAAAUCAUUGCAAUUGAAUGUUUUGCAUAUAAUUUUAUUAUAAAAUAAUGAAAUAAAAAGUGAAUUAAAUGGAAAAUUGAAUGUGAAAAAAGUAUGAAUUCAUAUGAGAACAAUCGAUUUUUUCGAUGAAAAAAUUUUUUUCUAUCGUUCGUUGUCUUUUAGGUAGAAGAAAAAAAAACGAAUGAAAUCGUGAAAUAAAUAAUAACUCUCUCGCUCUGGCAUUAAGCCUGACAGGGGAAGAAUAGAAAGAGUAGAAAAUAUAGUGAAGUUUUGUGCUAAGAAGAAGCAUGUUAGGUAAAAGAAGAAGAAAUGCGCGCGCCUUUUAGUAAAAAUUGUGUAAAAGUUUGUAUAAUAGCGUGGCAAGUUGUCAUUAAUAGAAAAGAAACAAAGUGAAUUCGCUUUUAAAUCUGAAAAGAAUAAAUUACUCUGCUCGGAAAAAAAAUUUUAUUCUAAAAGAAAACAAACGUAUUAAGAAAUAAAUAAAAAAAGAGAGCAAAAAUAAAUAAGAAUAAAUUCUGUUUAAAAAUAUAAAGAAAAAGCAAAUAAAUUAAAAAAAUCAAUUGUGUUAAAGAAAAGAAAUAAAAAAUAUAUUGAAAUUUAACAAAAGGAAAUAGAAAUAAAUCGGUAUCAUGUUUUCAACAAAAAAUGCAGUUUAAUGUUGCAAAAAUUCAACUGCCAUUGCUGCUGCUGCCGUUGUUGCUGUUGUUCUCAGUUUGAAACGAAAAUAUGAAAUGUAUACAAAUGCUGUUGUUUAUGAUUGUAAUUAUGCAAAUUUAUUUAAGUUUUUCGAUUUCAAUUUGAAAAAUGUCGUCGUCUCAUAGCCCACACGAUUUGUUAUUGUUGCUUCCAUUGCAAAAAAGUAGUAGUUGUAAUUGUCAAUACAAAUUAAUAAAUAAAAAUAAUAAUUAUUAUUAUAACAACAAUAAUAAUACCAACAACAAUAACGUUAUUUAUAAUAAUUACAACAAUAUUAACAACAAAAAGCCAGAGAAUAUAUUGUUGUGGGUCCUGGUGGUACCACUACUGAUCUCUACAACACCAACAACAUCUACAAAACACAAUUCAUCGCAAACAGGCCAAGAUCCUGCAACGCAAAUACAAAUUCAAACUUCAACGACAACUGUAAACACAGUAAAUACAACUACGACGACGAGGAGUAUAGACGUCCAACAAUUAAAGAGCAUAGAGCUCUUAUUAAGAACCUUAACGGGUUCAUUAUUAAUACAACAGAUUAUUUUGAAAAAUCUUAUUAAUAAACUUCAAAUACUACUACUGCUGCUACUCCACAGCGCCGUACAUUUAAACCCUUUCAAGGAUUUAUACUGUUUGCGUAAAGUGGAUUUAGUGUUAGAACAAAUUUCUAAUACACGGUGGUGGUGUAGUUUUCCCAUCUCCCCCCAUAAAUUCACAUCCAACGCCACAACAAUACUAAAGAAGAGUAGCAGCAGUGCUGCUUACUUUGUAAACCAACCAGAGGAGGCUUUUAAAUUUAGAUUGUUGUCCAUAACAAACGAUAAAACAACCUUAACUCCCAACAAAUUGUCCAUAAAAGGCUUUUGUCAUCCAUCCACAACACUGCAUUGUCAUCUUCAAUAUUUAAGGAUAUCGUUACAAGGAUAAACCCUCUAAUUGCUAUUACACCUUAAAUCCAGUAUCCAGUAUCAUCUCUAAUACAACAAAACAAAAAAGUUAUCAUUUAGUUCCCGUUUAUAUACUGAAAUAAAAAAAAGCCAAAUUUAGUUUGUAAAGUAUAAAUAAAAAAGGAAAUAACUGCAGCAUCAUGUCGAAACUAUCAUUUAGGGCACGUGCCCUUGAUCCCUCCAAACAAAUGCCAAUUUAUUUGGCUGAGGAGUUGCCCGAUUUGCCUGAGUAUUCGGCCAUCAAUCGAGCUGUACCACAGAUGCCCAGUGGUAUGGAAAAAGAGGAAGAGUCGGAGCAUCAUUUGCAAAGAGCAAUAUGUACGGGUCUUAUUAUACCAACGCCAGAAGUCUAUACCACCGAACAAGAUUUCUAUGAUAGAAAUUAUCCACCCAAUUAUCGUAUGCCGCGACAAUUGAUACAUAUGCAACCGCUUGGUUUAGAACAAGAUGUACCCGAAUAUGAUAUGGAUAGUGAAGAUGAGUUGUGGAUAAAUCAACAACGAAAACGUCUCGAUCUAACACCAUUAAAAUUCGAACAAAUGAUGGACCGUUUAGAGAAGAGUUCGGGCCAGACAGUGGUUACACUAAAUGAGGCAAAAGCGCUGCUCAAACAGGACGAUGAGAUCAGCAUAGCCGUGUACGACUACUGGCUGAACAAACGUCUGAAAAUGCAACAUCCAUUGAUAUUGUCCGUUAAAACUGAGAAUCGACCGGGAGCCUCAUCAAAUAAUCCGUACUUAGCAUUUCGUAGACGCACCGAAAAGAUGCAAACGCGAAAGAAUCGUAAAAAUGAUGAGACUUCCUAUGAGAAGAUGCUCAAGUUGAGACGAGAUUUACAAAGAGCCACAACAGUUUUGGAAAUGGUUAAGAGACGUGAGAAAACUAAGCGUGAACAACUGCAUUUGUCCAUAGAAAUCUUUGAGAAGCGUGUGCAACUUAAAGACUUUAGCGGAGCUUUACUUUCAGAGCUCAGUGCAACACUUAAAAAUGCUAGACCUGCCUUUGCUCCAUUGUAUGCUAAUCAAUACUCGCAUCAUUCAUCCUCUUCGGGGGCUACCCCUACUGCUGUGGUACCAAGUGUGGCAUCCUCGGCAGGCGGUUUAAAUAAUGUAAUGGGUACGACAAAUUUACUUACACCAGGUUCUGCAGGUAAUGUAACAACUCCAGGUGGUCAUUUGUAUUCAUCAGCAUCGCCGUUCCUGAAUUCAGCGAAUCUUGCUAUGGCAGAUGGAAUAAACUCGGGUAGUCGCAAAGAGAAACGACAGUAUAAGAAACGCAAGCAUAAAGUACCGCGUGAUAAGCAACAGCUGCAUCAACAGCAACAACAACAACACUUACAACAGCAACAACAGUAUUUAGCGGGCAUUGGUGUUAUACCAGCGUCCGCAGCAACGGGAGCUGCUUUAGGUGGUAAUGUUGCUGGUGGUGUUGGUGGUCUGACUGGUACCGCUGCACAUCCACAUCUGCCACAUCAUUUGCAUCACCUGCAUCGUCAAAGUUCAUCGCCAGCGCCAAAUGAAUCAAAUAUUGAGACCGAAGAAGAAGAUUUAGCGCACAAAAUCGGUUCGGAGAGUGAAGAAGAGGCUCCAUUUGCAUUUAGAAGAAAACAAGGCUGCGAUUAUUUGAGGACGAGAACCCAUACCGGAAAUUGGCCCUGGGAACCUAAGGAGGAUUAUGGCUUUGGUGACUCUAAAUAUCGUUACACACUCACUUCUAUUAAGCAUCCAAGACCACGUUGUAUUGGCUUUGCUCGAAGACGUAUGGGUCGUGGUGGACGUGUACUACUCGAUCGUGUGGCAACGAAUUUUGAUGAAUUCUGGUCACAGCUCGACUAUACAGUUCUGGAGACGAAAACAAGCGAUCCAACAACCAACACCUCAGAUGCAACAACGACUAAUAAAGAUACAACUAAACCCGCCUCACCACCCACUGUCGUUGAUUUACUGCCGCCAGCAAAUAGUGCAGCCAAUCAUAUUGCUGGAACACUGGCAGUAUCAACGACCAACAAAACAUCUGUAAAUAAUGCAAAUACACCCGCCAUAACAAUUAAGAAAGAAAACUCUGAAGUCAUAGACCAUCAUCGUAAUCAUAACAAGGCCAUCGAAGUAGAAGAUCUUCUGAACAAAGAACAAAAACUUGAAGAUUCAGAUGACCUGGAAGAAUGUGAUUAUGAAUAUUCAGAGGAUGAAAAUGAUUUGGAAGACGAAUUUGGUGUGCACAUACAACGUGAUAGAAGUUAUCAUUCGUGUGUCUCCAUGGCCAGAAAACGUCGACGCCGAAGAAGACAACAACUGCAGCAAAUGGAGAAGACAAAACGACGCAAAAUCAAUUCAACCAUACAGCAGAAAAAUAUGGAAUUGGUUACGCGCAAAUUGUUGUACAAGUUGUCACAAUCCUUGGCCGUGGCAGAAGGUGUUAGUCCAAAUGAACGUGUAAAUAAUUUAUUAAACCAUACAUCUGUCGCCCUCAGUACAGAAAUAAAGCAAGAAAAGCUUAAUGGUUUGAAUAAAGAAGAUCAAUGUUUGAUCAACGCCCCUAUCAAUUGGCCAAAUCAUCGUUGUUCAUCUACUGUCGUCACAGCAGAUAACAAUAAAUUGAUUAACAAUUCUUCAUUCAUCUCUUCAUUUUCAUCCUCAACGGCGGCGACGAUGGCAUCAGCGUGUGCGAAUGUUAUUGUGGUGGGCAACACUAACAACAAUAAUAGUAGUAGUAAUGUUAAUAAGAACAUUAGUAAUGGUAGUAGAAGAAGUAGUUGUAGUUUAAGUGACAAAACUAAUGUGAUAAAAACCGAAGUUCAUGAUGUAGAUAACGAUGAAACAACAAACAUCAGCCGGCCGUCUUCUGCGGCUACUGGAGCUGGUGGAGACUCGAUGACUAGGGUUAUAAAGCAAGAACUAAUAGAUUCUUCAGCAGCCUCCCUAGGUUCGGCAGAUGAUUCGAAUGAGCCUUUGAGUAGUAUACAAAAAUUGAGUACUACUGCGGCAGCCGAUAUGAUGGAGGAUGAAGAAAAUGUUAAUUUGGCUGAAUUAAGUAAUCUUAUAAAGAUUAAAAAAGAGGUGGUCGAUGAGGCAGACAGGGAGCUAAUGCGAAAAAGUAGUCGCCACCUGCAAACAUCGUCUAGACCAGGUAGUGAUGAUGACGAGGUAUCUUGCUUUAAUCAAAUGGCCGAUGUUAUUAGAGUGAAAAACUUGAAGAAACACAGAUCGACACCCUGUUCUAAUAGUGAGGCACUGAAGGUGUUCAAUGCUUUGAACGUAGACAACGAUGAUGAAUUGUCUAUGCUGGGAGGUCUGUCACCUACUUCAUCACAACGUUUGGAUAUUUGCAAUGAACUUUUGUCGGAAAUACGACGAGAUUGGUUGCACUUUCGUCCUAAAACUCCCACAGAAACCGAAAAGGAGGAGGAGAGCUAUUGGGGCUUAAAUAUGGAUUACAAGCUAAGCUCUCCUCUAGUAGAAUGGUCACAACACACUCCUAUAGCUGUAGAAAUGGUUAGAGAACCAUUAGAGAAUGAGGAGGAAAUUCAAAAGUCUUCGGCGUCUCGGUUGUGGAAAACGGAUUCGGAUGAUGCCAAAUCAGCAUUUAUUAGUUCAGCCUUUAAGUAUGAUGAUUUAGAAGCCGAUACCCAAUUGUUACAAAACUCCUAUUUGUCCGACUUGACGCGGGGCAGUAGUAAAAGUCCGGAAACAAAUAAUAGUGCGGCUUGUUUGGAUCUGAAUUUCAGUGGGGAUUCAUUGAAUGAUAUUAAUCUUCUUGGUGAUGGUGAUGAUGCGGAUAUGUUGGACAAUAUCUUGCAAGAGGUACAAAUCGACGAUAUUAAGACUCUUAAUCAGGCCACCAACUUUUGGAAUGGAAUUUUGGACGGUGAGAAUGUAGACGCCGAAGUAGAUGGCGAUGUUGAAGUGGCAGCGGGGCUGCUCGACAGCAUCGAUGAUACAAAGAAAGGCGAUAGAUCUAUGGGUGACAAAAAGGUAGCCAAGUUAAAAGGUGGCAAAAAAUCUUGUGCUCUUUUAGCUCCCGUAGGUAGUUCCACAUUUAAUUGUUCUCCCUUAGAAAAAGAAAAUAUUACCGAUGAAACGUUCUUUAAAAAAGAAGAACCCAAAAAAGAGCCCGAAGAAGUUGAGCCUGAGGUGGCUAUAAAAUCUGAACCCAUGGAGGUAACAGAGACAAAAACCAAUGUUGCUGUAAGUGUUAAUAAUCCACGUGUAACAAAUGUGCAACAACCGCAGUUGGCGCCAAUGGCACCGCUGAUAAUGAAUUCGUUCGUUAAUACAGAUAAUAUGAAUUCACAUCGUGAAUUACUGCAAAUGGUUCAACAACAGCAACAGAUACAGCAAAGCGCACCUACCACCAAUACACCAAUGAUUAUUACACAAACAAUACAACAGCAGCAACAACAUGUACAUCAACCUCAACUUCAACCACAACAACAUCAGCAACAGCAACAACAACAUUUAAUUGCUCAUUCCACACCAGUACAAGUAAUUGGUAAUACGAUUUCAUUGAAUCAAAACGAAUCGUUGGUUGUACAGCAAAGUCAACAGCAACAACAACAACAGCAGCAACAUCAUCAGCUGCAAACUACAACGACGACUAAUCAUCCUGCUGCUGUUUUACAUGCCGCGCAACCACAACAAGCGCAGCAACAAUUGACAACAAUCCAAGUGUUGCAACAACCAAACACUCAACAAAUACGAAAUGUUACCGUACAACAACUCCAUCAAUUGCAGCUGCAACAGCAACAACAGCGUAAGUUGCAACUACAACAGCAACAACAAAAACUACUCCUGCAAAGAGAUCUGGUUAAUACAUCCGCCGCCUCAGUUAUAGCCCAAUACGUCCCAACAUCGUCAGCCACCACAGCAGCAACAAUAAUGCGCCAACCUACACUUACCCCAAUCGGUGCAUCAUCUGUUAAUAAUGCUGGCGGACAAAUGAUUUAUACAACAUCAUCUGGCGAUGUUAUAACAGCCGGUUCACAAAAGAUCUACCUACAAAAAGCUCCCGUCUCCGUUACUUCAGGCACUCAGGGUGUUAAUAUCAUUAAUACAAGUAGUGGUCAACAAUUAACAGUACAAAAUAUUGCCGGUGUUCAACACAUAAGUUCGGCAACGGGUGGCAAUGGUUCGACAUCGACGGGUCCCUUAAUCGUUACGACAUCAGCUCGCAAUGCCGUUCAGCAGUUGUCCCAACAACAACAGCAACAACUGGUCGGUCAGGCGACACAACAAAUUGUUUGGCGUCAAAUAGGUUCAACAAAUGUGACGACUAAUCCUGCCGGUAUGUUGACGGGUACCGCAAAUACUGAUGGUACGGUCGCGGGAACUGGUAAUAAAAUUGUUUGGACAAGUCGACCGGCUCAAAAGAGGCAGCUAAAUGGUCCCGAGAGCACAGACAUCAACAAGUUGCUAUUAAAUCGUAAAUUUUCACAACGAAAAAUUGUACAACAACAACCGCAAUUGUUGCAACAACAGCAGCAACAACAACAACAAACACAAGAUGAUGAAUUGUCCGGUGUUAAUGUAACAAUAAGUGGCCAGGAUACAACAACCACAACAGCUGUAACUUAUAAUACACAACAUCAACAACAGCACCACCAACAGCAGCAGCAACAACAACAGCAAAUACAAAAAUUACCUGGUGGAAAAGUUAUUAAAAUGCCCUCCUUUCCUCUACUAGUCUCAGAAGUAAAUCUGCAGCAACAUCAACAACAACAACAGCAGCAGCAACAAAAACAUAAUACAGCUGCUGCCAUAGCAGCUAAUCAUAAUUACAGUUUACAACCAACGGCCAUAAUAACAUCGCAAGCCUCACAACAGGGUAAUAAAAUAUAUUUAACCACAAGUUCUAGUGGAGGAGCUGCGACAAAUUUCACAAUAACAAAUGCUUCAGAAUUGCAGACGGCAGCACAAAAGCUUCAACAAACAAAUAACUCAAAUUUGAAAUUAAAUUUUGUUGCCACAAAUCCUCAACAACAACAGCAACUGCAGCAGCAGGCACAACAACAGCAGCAACAACAACAACAGACAGUGGUAUUAAAUAAAGCCAACAUACAGCAACAACAACAAAUAUUGCCACAACAAUUGUUACAGCAAACGGGUAAAUUGAAAAGAGAGCGAAUAUUAAAUAUUAUUGGGGCCGCACAAGUGGAUAACAAUACAAAUAGUGCAACCGGGUUGGGUACAGUGACUGCCACUUCGGUGGGAUCCAAUACGGGUGAUAAUAACAAAAGGGUAUUGUAUACCAGUUUGUUGAAUGUAAAACCCUUGCAGAAAAAUAAUGCUGGCCAAAUGCAGGUACAAAUUGGUCCUCAAGGUAUGACACAUGCUGUUUUACGUAGUCGCAUUGCCAACAAUCAAGCCAUAUUCGCUAAUAUGCGAACUGUGCCUGUAGCUACCGUCUCAGCGGCAAGUAAUAACAGUCAUAAUAAUACAACAUCCGCGGGAGCUGGAACCACCACUUUGCAAGUUGUCUCACAGUCCACGCAACUCAAUGCAAAUCAAAUCACCUCCAACACUAGUAACCCUCUGGGAGUCACGCUAAAUGCUUUAAGUAAUAAUAAUAACAAUAACAACAACAGCGAUGGUUCUUUGCAUAUGCAGCAGCAGCAACACUCAUCUUCAUCCCUGGCAGGGGACAUCAACUCAUCAUCCAACUCACUAACAAAUAUUAGUCAUUCUGUAAACGAUCUGAAAUCCGCCAAUAAUGUUUUAAAUAUGGAAAAUUCUUCUACAGUCGUUAGCAGUUUAAAUAAUACAAAUAGUACAGCAACGGUAAAUAGUAGCUCUUCAGCAAAUGGUUCUUCCGCCAAUAAUAACAACACAACGACUUUAAUGGCCAAUACAAAUAAUAUACAAAAUACAAACACUAAUAACAGCAACAACAACAACAACAAUAAUAGCAACACCACGACAAUCAAUAGGUGAGACGAGGCAAGAUAACUACCAUUUAGGGUCUUCAAAACAAUGGAUAUUCAACAAAUAAUCAAUGUAAAUAUCAAAGAUGUGGCGAAAACUUUGUUAAAACUUAAUAACAGACGCCCCAACAACGAUGAUAAUGAUAAUAAUGAUGAUGAUGAUAAAGAAGUUAAUAAAGAUGAAGUAGUUAAUGAAAAAGGAGUUGUGAAAAAGAACAAACACAACAAUAAGAAAAGUUUCACAAAUUUAGAGCAAUUAUUUGCUGCUGUUUGAACUAUUUAAAGAGAGACAAUAAAGAAAUCAUAAUCAACUUUUUUUGUGUACAACAACAACAACAAUAAUAAUAACAACUACAAAAUAUCA